AUGUCUCUCCUCAGAUCUGGUGUCAGUCUCUCUAUAGUCCUGUUACUGAGUGUCUACUUCUCCAUUUGUUUUGGUGAAAACUCCUCCAGCAGACGGGGAGAGGAGGAAGUGGUGGUGGUGGUGGAGGAAGAUGGAGGAGACACAACGAGUAGCACAGGCUCGUGUCAGCUGGAGUGUCUUCGAGGAAGAGACGGCAGAGAUGGCAGAGACGGAGUCCGGGGAGAGAAGGGAGAGAGGGGAAGCGUCGGCACCGCUGGGGAGAAGGGAGAGGUGGGGGGAGGUGAAAAAGGUGAAAAGGGACAAAUGGGAGACAAAGGAGCACUUGGUCCGAAUGGUCCUCCAGGAAUGAAGGGGUCAAAGGGAGAGGCAGGGGGAACAGGAAAUCGUGGUAGUGAAGGUCCCACUGGUCUACGAGGACAAAAAGUCUACGGAGUGGGCUAUCAGAGCAGUCCAGCUGGAGUCAGUGGUCAGAGCAUUCCCUGCACCGUAUGCUACUCCUCUCUCAGACCCACCGUCGUGAUGAUUCCUGCCAAGCUGACCUGUCCACCUCACUGGACCAGCGAGUACACCGGAUACCUCAUGACUAGCAGCGGUCGUCGCAGCAGACACGAGUGUGUGGACCAGAGCCCAGAGUCGCUCAGUGGGACUGCUGCCUAUCAGUUUUAUCCACUGAAUGUUGGCUGUAAUGGUGCUGAGCUCACCUGUCCUCCCUACAGCUCAACUGGCAAUGCUCUCACUUGUGCUGUGUGCAGUCGCUAG